CUUGACCUUUUCCUCAUGUCCCCCCCUCAGGUCGGGGCUGGGGGAUGCUGAGAUGCCCCUCAUUUGCCUGUCGGACUAUGAAGCCUACGCCAGAGAUCAUUUGCCCAAAGCCACCUGGGAGUAUUAUGCCGCGGGGGCCGAUGACUGCAGCACGCGGGAUGACAACUUGCUCGCCUUCAAACGACCGCGUAUGCUGCGCGAUGUGUCGGUGACGGAUACGAGUACCACGGUUUUGGGAACGGAGAUCAGCUGUCCGAUCGGGAUAGCGCCAACGGCUUUUCACUGCCUGGCAUGGCCGGACGGAGAGAUGAGCACCGCCAGAGCGGCCGCGGGUCUCAAUCUGUGCUACGUGGCCAGCACCUACUCCACCUGCUCCGUGGAAGAGAUCGCGGCGGCGGCCCCCGAGGGGCUACGCUGGUUCCAGCUCUACGUCUACCGCGACCGCGAGCUGUCCGAGAGGUUGGUGCGUCGGGUGGAGGCCCUGGGCUUCAAGGCUUUGGUGCUGACCGUGGACGUCCCGUACACAGGCAAGAGGAGGAGCGACAUACGCAAUAACUUUCGCCUCCCGCCGCAUCUGAAGAUACACCUUAAUCUCACGUCUCUGUAGGAACACUGCGGCGCGGACAACUACGGCGUCCCGGCCAACACCCUGGACCCGUCCAUCAGCUGGAAGGAUAUCUUUUGGCUGCGGAAUCUGACCCGCCUGCCGAUCAUCAUCAAGGGAAUACUGACGAAGGAAGACGCGGAGUUGGCGGUUGAGCACGGUGUCCAGGGCAUCAUCGUAUCCAAUCACGGAGGUCGCCAGUUGGACGGGGAACUCGCCACGAUCGAUGCUCUGUCUGAGAUCGUGGACGCGGUCCAGGGCCGAAUCGAGGUGUACAUUGAUGGAGGCAUACGGACAGGAAGUGAUGUCCUGAAGGCCUUGGCCCUGGGAGCAAAGUGUGUGUUCAUUGGGCGCCCUGUUGUGUGGGGUCUUGCAUACAAGGGAGAAGAGGGUGUCCGGGGGGUGCUGCAAAUUCUGACUGAUGAGUUUCGUUUGUCCAUGGCACUCUCAGGCUGCCGAAAUGUUACCGAAAUCAACCGAAACCUCGUUCAGUUCUCUAAACUCUGACAUGGCUGUGCAGGAGCUGAAAGAAAAGCAACUACAGGAAACACCUCACCC